AUGUGCGAGACUUUCAAUGGAAUUAUACUUGAAGCUAGGCACAAGGCAAUUAUCACAAUGUUGGAGGACAUUAGACAGUAUUGCAUGACAAGAAUAGUUGUCAAAAGAGAAAACACUGCCAAAUGGAAAAGUAGUUGUGGCCCUAGGAUUUGUGCAAGGAUUGAAAAAGAAAGGGUAAAAAGUGGAAAAUGGCAGGUAGAGUGGAGUGGAGGGGCAAAGCAUGAGGUAUUCUGGGAUAAUUUGUUCUUUCAUGCUAGGGAAGGUUAUGUUGUGUUAUUGGAAAACCAUAAUUGUUCUUGCCGGAAGUGGGACAAGACAGGAAUUCCUUGUCAGCAUGCCCUCGCAGCACUUGCUUUUCAAGGCUUAGAUCCAUUGGAAUAUAUUGCUCAUUGGUUCAAGAAGGAGACAUACCUCAAGGCUUAUCAAUUCCCAGUCAAUCCACUUAGAGGAAGAGCCUUUUGGGUGACAAGUGAGGAAGGUCCAUUGCUUCCACCCAUCGUGAAGAAAAUGCCCGGAAGGCCUGCUACAAAGAGGAGAAGAGAACCAAUGGAACCAAGAAAUAAAAGCAAAACUAAUAUUUCAAGAGAAGGGAGGGUCAUGACAUGCAGCAUUUGCCAUACAAAAGGGCACAAUAAGGCCCGUUGUGCACAAAGAACAAAUGUUGCUACCAACCCUCAGGCUGGCCCCCAGAAUGAGACAAUUUCAACAGGAAAUGAAGGUUCUUCAAGAGGGAAAAGACCCAAGGCAAGUGUUAUUGCUGCUGUUCGUGGUCCAAUGCAAACAUUCAGAAAUCAUAGUGGAGGAAUUAUUGUUGGGAGAGAAGUAAGAUAUGGCUUUGCAUUCAUUACUGCCUCUGAAUUGUUGGAACGAAGACAUAGAAACCUGAGAGAAAAUAAUGCAAAAUUGGCUCAACAAAGUUGUACAUCUAUGGAAUCCCCUCCAGCUACAGAUAUAGAAUUCCUUGUUUUUUCAACUCAUGCCAGCACAACAGAGCCUACAGCUGAAGCUAAUCAAAGGCUUGCAGACUGCUUGCAGACUGAAUUUUAG